AUGUCAAGAGCAGCGGGAUGUGCAGUCCACGCACCGCCCACACUCAAUUUAUGUUUUGGAGGAUACUACCAUACUAUCAAUACCCUUCUUGUCAUGCAGAGUACUGUACGUUCUACAACUUGCUUGAUCAUCUACGGAGGAGACCUACAUAGCGCACAGGACAAAAGUGCAGAGGGGGCAGUACCGGUACCUAGUACAUACAUCUACGUGGUGUGCUCCAUACCGGUAGGACACCGCCCCUCCUCUAAAGCUACCGUUGAAUUGGAGAACAAGAUGGAAGUCAUCAUUCCUGGAGUGCUCGAGGUGCAGCUAAAGCCAAAAGCAGCUCCAGUACCAGUAGCAGCUUUGGCUGCAAAUGUUGCCAUUCCAUUUGUCCCUGAGAAUGCCAUGCCUGAUAGUGAGGCUACAGCACAGAUCCAGACUGCGAUCCUGGCUUCUAGCUAG